AUGGAUAAUAUGACCCAUUUUGUAACCUAUACUCUUAAGGAGCCAAAAGAUUCGAAAUCAUAUAGACACAUCUAUAUCACAUGCUUUUUGCUGCUCUAUGUUAUGAUAUUGUUUGUUAACAUUUGGCUCAGUGUGAUUAUUGUUUUGGAGAGAGCCCUUCAUGAACCAAUGUAUAUUUUUCUGUGCAAUCUGUGUUUAAAUGAUCUAUAUGGAACAGCAGCCUUCUAUCCUAAAUUCCUGCAUGAUUUAUUGUUGGAUUCAUAUGUGAUCCAUUCUUACAUGUGUGCCUUCCAAGCUUUUGUAAUUUACACCUAUGUAAUGUGUGAAUUUUCAACAUUAGCAGUGAUGUCAUAUGACAGACAUGUGGCCAUAUGUAGACCUUUAGUCUAUCACUCAAAGCUGAACAAAUUUUCAUGUGGCAUUUUACUUGGCUUCUGUUGGAUUGUACCAUUUCUUAACAUGUUCAUUGCAGUUCUUUUGUCAAAUAGGUUGGCGCUAUGCAAAAAACACAUUGACAAAUUGUAUUGCGACAAUUGGGCAAUUGUAAAGCUCUCAUGUGAAUCAACUGACACCAAUAACAUUUAUGGACUUGUUUUCAUAUCAUUAUAUUUUGGUCUUGUGAUUGUAAUUAUAGUGUCUUAUAUAAAACUCAUCAUUGCAUGUAAAGCAUCAUUAGAGUGCAGAAGGAAAUUUUGGCAGACCUGUGUGCCCCAUUUAAUUUCACUGAUAAAUCUAGCUGUUGCAAUACUUUUUGAUACCAUCUAUAACAGAUAUGGAUCAAGUAAUGUCCCAGUGAACCUCCGUGAUUUUUUGGCUUUAGAGAUGAUUAUAGUCCCACCUCUUUUCAAUCCUGUAAUAUAUGGUUUAAAACUUACAGAGGUUCGCAAAAGAGUCUUAAAAUUAUUCACUAAUUUCAUAAGAAAAUAA